AUGCUGACGAAGGAAGUCAGAUACAUGUUUAAGUCCUAUGAUAAUCUUUAUCUGGAGUUCUGUGACAAAAUGGAAGUCAAACCCCAUUUUGUUUCGAAUGAUCACGGAUUGACAGGAUUCUGGGUCGGCUCGUCAGCUGCAAAAUAUAUUGUGAUAAACUUCCACGGUGGCGGAUUUGCCAUGGAUGCAACUGAACCGUAUUUCGAGUUCUGGCCUGGAGUUGCUCGAGCACUUUCUGACGAGAAUAUCAACACCGGCUGGUUCAAUGUAACUUAUACAUUAACACCCCAUGCUACCUAUCCAACACAAUUUUGCCAGGCAGUCGAAGCCCUACGAUAUGUUAUUGAGGACCUCGGACGAUCACCAUCGGAGAUCAUUCUUGCUGGCGAUUCCGCGGGAGCGAAUUUAUGCCUUGCACUUCUGUCACACCUAUCCCAUCCGUCCGAGGAUGCGCCAGCACUCGAAGUUGCUGGCCCGCUCAAGGCUAUUGUUCUUCUAUCACCUUGGAUCUCCUUCCGCCGGGAUUGGCCGACAAUGAAACACAAUGAGCACAGAGAUAUUGAUGACCAGGACGUUCUCGAACGCUGGAAAAUGGAAUAUCUACAUGGAAGGUCUACUAACUACUACGUCGAAGCGGCCGAGGCGCCCGAAUCCUGGUGGCAAGAUGCCCAAGUCGAACAUUCUCUUGUUCUUGCAGGUGGGGAUGAGAUGCUUUUAGACUCCAUCAAAGUAUGGUUCGAAAAGUUUCAAAAGGGAAACUUGGAAACGACAUUCAUUGUCGGUCAAAACGAAUGUCACAUCGCGCCUCUAAUUUGGCCUUUAUUUGCCGACAGACGCGAAACCUACCAGGGCCGUGCUAUGAAGUCAUGGCUAGUUGAUCGGUUACGCCUAUAG